UGAGACGUCAUGUGAAUAGGCCUAUUCAAGUUGAAGUUGAACAAACUCUGUUUGGUUGUGUCAACAAAAGUGUGUUAAUUUUCCCGGUCAAGCAGUAAUUCGUGUAAUUUCGGUGCUUUUGUUGGAUUUAUUUGUUGUUUUUAGCUGAUUGAACUGCCCGCCGCGUCCCAACAUGCCAAAGAACAAGAAGCAGGACACUUCCGACUCGGAUUCCGGUCCGGAUGAUCGCACUCCGGUGAAGAAAAGCAAAACCGAAUCGGGAAGCACGACGAACGAUAAGGGCGAAGAGGAAUGGGCCUUGGAUCGCAAUCGGAAAGUUACGGUAAGCGAGUUCAAGAACAAGAUCUACGUCAAUGUGCGUGAGUACUACGAGAAAGAUGGUAAGACUCUACCUGGUAAGAAGGGAAUCAGUCUCACGGUUCCCCAGUGGAAAAAACUGUUGGAACACGCCGACGAAAUCAACGAGAAAAUUAAGAAGUUUUAGGGAUUUACCGGUUUAUUUGUAUUUAUUCCUACUUACCUAUAAGAAUUUUUAUUGUACUUUGAGGGAAAUUCGGUUCUUUCUCUGAGUAUAAUGAUUGAUUCCCAAUAUUAGUGGGAUAUUCAACAUGUCCAGUUAUUAGCCAGUAAGCUGUAACCUGCUUCCGACAUCUGCGGUCAAAAACAGAAGUACGGUAAGGCAGAUGUUUUGUUGGAAUUCAAAUUAAUGUAAUAGAAGCGAAUAAAACCUUGCUGAAACUGUUGUCACAUAACUAAAA